GUUAGACCGCCGGUGAAGUAUUUUUCACCGCAGAAAUCUUUGACGCUUGGGAAAGGUUCAAUGGGUACAUCUGUUCAUGUUGGUAUUAUGGAAGAUGGUGCUGAAGUGGCUGUAAAGAGGAUCUUGAAACACGAGCUUGAAGAUACAGCUCAAAAUGAGCUAGAAAUUUUGAGUCGAAUUGAUGCAAGCAAGUCACCAUUUAUAGUAAGCUAUCGAAAAUGUUCAGUUCUUACACAUGCGAAAGGAACCCGAGACUGGAUGCCCGCCGAAGUAAUUGAAGUAAUAGGUAAAGAAGAGGUAGGACGCUUUAAAAAGAAAUCUGAUGUUCAGGUCGCAGGCAUGAUCGCUUUCUUCAUUUCAACCAAAGGUGAGCAUCCUUUUGGUCCUGUGCUUGAACGAAUGAUAAACAUUUCGAAAGGAAACCCUGUUAACUUGGACAUGCUCCACGAUCCUCAAGUUCGGCAAUUUAUUUCUUGGUUGAUCAGUCAUAACAUUGAUGGUAGACCUUAUGCUCAAGAGGCGUUGGCGGAUCCCUUCAUGGUCCAUGUACCAAAUUCUCUCAGGAAAAUUAUAUUACAACGAUCCUGUAUAUAG